UAUAAAAAUUCGUAGUCCACUAUGGAUCCAGAUCACAUUAGCACAACACAUCAGAUUGAUCUGAUCACUAAAAAGCAUCUAUUUUGAAAUUUGAAAAAUUUUCAACUGAUAAAACAAAAAAAAAAUCUCAACCAUGUUCAAAAUUUUCGUUAUCGCUGCAUCAAUUACCAUGGCAUAUGGUAGCGGUUAUGGAAGUAUGGGUGGCAGUAGCAGUGGUGGUGGCGGCGGUGGUGCUGGUGGUUAUGCCGCUCAAGCCAUUAAUUUAGCUGUUAAAUCUAGCCAUAAUGUUCAAUAUGUUGAUGUUCCAACACAACGAAUGUUCAAACCAAUCAGUGUUGAAAUCGGUGCUCAAGCCAUUCCAAUCAAUAUGAUUUUCCGAUCACAAUCAUCAGCAUUGAAUGUUAAACAACAACAUCAAAGUGCUGCCGGUUCUCAACAAGAAUCAAAAUCGGAAGAUGAACCACAUAUAUUGCGUCAUACGGUUAAAAAACCAAUUUAUCAAAUGAUCAAUGAAAUCAUUACACCAUAUCGCAAAAUUACACAGGAAGUUAAACCAGUACAAGAAGAUAUCCAAACAAUUAUUGCACGAAUGUCCGGCGGUUCAAACAUGGGUGGCGGAUACAGUUCUGGCAGUUCAGGCAAAAGCGCUGGUUCCGGCAUGAGUGGUGGUGGUGCUGCUGCUGCUGCUGCUGCUGGUGGUGAUGCUGGUUACAGUAUGUCUAGUGGUUCUGGUUCCAGUAUGGGUGGUGGUGAUGGUGGAUACAGCAGUAUGACCAUGAACAGCAAUGGUGGUGGUUAUUAAUUGUCCUUUUUUUUGGAUGAAAAAAUUUUUUUUUUUUUAAAUUCUUAAACA